AUGGCCGCCACCUUGAAACCAAAUGCUCCGGAAAUUCGCAAAGCAGCUCAGGAAUUUAUCAACUAUUUGAACAAAGCUGUUACUCCAUUCCACGCUACGCAAGAAGUGAAGGAACGACUCAUUCAGGCUGGUUUCAAAGAGUUGCCCGAAUCCGGGCAUUGGGAUAUCCAACCGACAAGUAAAUACUUCGUCACCAAAAAUCGUUCCGCUAUUCUCGCUUUUGCCGUCGGAGGGUCUUAUAAACCAGGAAAUGGAUUCUCGAUCGUUGUUGGCCACACCGAUAGUCCAUGUCUUCGUGUUAAACCGAUUUCUCACCAAAAAUCGGAGAAAUUCCUCCAAGUCGGUGUUUCGACAUACGGUGGUGGCAUUUGGAGAACUUGGUUCGAUCGUGAUUUAUCAGUUGCUGGGCUUGUUAUUGUUAAGAAUGGAGAGAAAUUGCAACACAAGCUGAUUGAUGUCAAGAAGCCAGUUCUCUUCAUUCCAAAUCUUGCGAUCCACUUGGAGACUGACAGAACUACCUUCAAGCCAAACACAGAAAUCGAGCUUCGCCCAAUUCUUGAAACAUUCGCUGCCGCUGGUAUCAAUGCUCCAGUCAAAGAAGAUCCGAAGGGAGAGUAUGAUCCACGAAGUAUUGUGAGCAACCAUCAUACACAAUUUUUGGGAUUGAUUGCUAAGGAAGCUGGAUGCCAACCAGAAGACAUCGUUGAUCUUGACCUUUACCUUUAUGACACUAAUAAGGCUGCUAUUGUUGGACUGGAAGACGAAUUCAUCUCUGGUGCUCGUCUUGAUAAUCAAGUUGGAACAUACACUGCUAUUAGUGGACUGUUGGAAUCACUCUCUGCGCCAGCCUUCCAGUCUGACCCACAAAUUCGCAUUGCUGCAUGUUAUGAUAAUGAAGAAGUUGGAUCUGAUUCUGCCAUGGGAGCGUCUUCUGCGUUCACAGAAUUCGUGCUCCGAAGACUAUCUGCUGGAGGAUCUACAACAGCUUUCGAAGAGGCAAUUGGAAAAAGUUAUCUUAUUUCUGCUGAUCAAGCUCAUGCUGCCCAUCCGAACUACCCGGCGAAGCAUGAGGAAAACCACCGUCCAACUUUCCACGGUGGAGUCUGUGUCAAAACGAAUGUGAAUCAACGUUACGCCACAACCGCAACCACACAUGCUAUUCUCAAACAAAUCGCUUUUGAAGCUGGAGUUCCUCUCCAAGAUAUGAUUGUUCGUAACGACUCUCCAUGUGGAUCAACUGUUGGACCAAUCCUCUCUACCAAACUCGGUCUCCAAACCAUAGACGUCGGAUGUCCACAGUUAGCUAUGCACUCUAUUCGUGAGUUUGCUGACACUUCCAGCAUCUUCCAAGCGACCACCCUUUACUCGACAUUCUACGAACGACUUGCUACUGUCCUCGCCAACAUUCAGUAA